AUGACGGCAUAAAGAGAGAGAGUAGAAAUAUAGAAAUAUUGGAAGUGCUGAACAGUUGGGGUUCUGAUGUCAUUUUUUUUCUUUUUUAUUUUCAUGAAAGUUCUGCCAAAGGCUGAGGCACCGCUCGGCAGAACCACUGGGGUGUGAACGGAUGGCGGGCGGCGGAGUAUCCGGAGCCAAGGCGGGGAAAGUUGCGGCCCCAGGUUUUGGUUUUUCCUUUGUUGUUUUCUCUUUUAUUACUAUUUUUUUUUUCUUUUCUCAAGUUAUCGAAUGAAGGUUUGUUUCUUUCUUUCUCCAUUUCUUUACUUCACUUCAAUCUCUCCUCCUCAGCGCACUCUCCUCUCUCUCUCUCUCUCUCUCUCUCUCUCUCUCUCUCUCUCUCUCUCUCUGUUCGGAUUUUUUGGUGACGGUUUCCGUAGGUCGGUUUCACCGAACCUGCGUUUCGGUCUGGCUCGCCGGACAUCGCUUCGUUUCUAUCUCCCUCCACCUCCGCCGGCGGUCCCUAUUCUGUAUAUAUAUAUAUAUAUAUAUAUAUAUAUAUUGUAAAUCAGUUUAUCAUUAAUUCACUCUUAUUACAAGGGUAUUGAUCUAAAACGGUUUUAAAAUUAACGAUACAGUGAUAAAUAAAGUAGUGAUUGCGGAUACAGGUCGCUUUCUUUGAGAAGAGGUAUAUAUUGGGAGGAAGAGAAAUAGAUACUGUUUGUGUAUGUAUAGUUAUAGUUGAUAUAUAUUAUAUAUAUCGUAUAGAGUAGCAGAUGCUUUAUGUUCCUUUCUUUUUGUUGACGAUGUGAUGCGCAAAGGCGGGCCCUUCCUCUUGCCUCCUUGAUCAGAUACAUCAGUCCUCUUCAGUCUCCCACUCAUUUCUAUCCGUAUAGUUUCCCUCUUUCCACUUAUCCGUACACAGAAGCCCCCAUACCUCAAUUCUACUGCUUCUCUCUUUCACUCUCUAAUUCCACCGGAAUCGAAAACCUUUCCCCCCAAAAAAACGUAGACAGAAAUGGAGACGGAGGAAUCUCAAAAUCGUGAAGAUCUACAUGCGGGGGACGGGGAGAGAAAUGGGUUUGAUGUUGUUAUGCCAAAGGAAGAAGUGAUAAUGGACGAAAGAGAGAUCUGGUUCGAAAGAGAAAACGAUGAUCUACUUGCUGCAAACGAUCACGGUUCCAUCUUCUACGGCGAUUUCCCCCCUUUUCCAGAUUUCCCAUGCAUGUCUUCCUCCUCCUCCACUUCAUCUGCGCCGGCGCCGACGAAUCCCUCUGCAUGUGCCACGUCAUCCUCGUCGUUGUCUUCUUCCUCUUCCUCCGCGGCUUCCUUAGCCGUCCUCCAGUCCGACGCCGCAGCCGAUGAUGCAGAAAAUAGCAACAGCCACCCCCACAACCACCAGGACCAGUAUAAUCAUGGUGCGGAACCCCCAUCUACGCCGCAAACAGCGGCCGCGGAGUCGUCCACCGUGCCCAUGGAGGUGCCUCCGCCGCUGGAUGUGGAUUGCAUGGCUGUCAUGGAGAAUUUUGGGUGCAUUGAUCUGCUUGAGCCCAACGAUAUUUGGGACCCUUCUUCUAUUUUCCCCCAAGAAAACUCUUUAUCAGAAUUUCAGCGAGUUGAUCAACAGUUGUUUCAAGAACCGCUCCAAGUGCCAUUGCCACCACAGGCGACGGAUGAAACGAGUGCCUCUGAGGAUCUAGCCGCGGUUUUCUUCGAGUGGCUCAAGUCCAACAAAGAAUCAAUAUGUGCUGAAGACUUGAGGAAGAUCAAACUCAGGCGCGCCACAAUUGAGUGUGCGGCUAGGCGUUUGGGGGGUGGGAAAGAGGGAACCAAACAGUUGUUGAAACUCAUUCUUGAGUGGGUCCAGCAACACCAGCUUCACAAAAAGCGCGAACAAGAACUUCCCUACCCUUUUCAAAACCCUAACCCUAACCCUAAAUCUGUCGCCAAUGAUUCAAACCCUUGUUACCGUCCUCCCUUGGUGGCGGCUUACCCACCUUACGUUUCCGAUCUGCCGGUGAUGGCUUCAGCAGCCACGGCGGCUCCGCCGGCAUAUAGGCCCAUGGUUGGGUACAUUGGUGGCGACCCUUUUUGCGCCUCUCCCUUUCAAGCUCCCUCAGAAUAUCAGACAAUGGAAUCAGCUCCCACUUGGUCUUCACAACAGUUUAAUCUUCCCUCGCAGUAUAACAACCCAUUUUCAGAUAAUAAUCUGCCGCUGCCUCAGGUGGCACCGGACCAGCACGCUUUUGGCGCUAGCUACGCGGGCCAGUUCCCGUGUCCGUUUUACCGUGGAAAUGGGGAAGGCUUGGUGAGGUUGGGCGUUUCGGCAACAAAGGAGGCUCGGAAGAAGAGGAUGGCUCGGCAGAGGCGGUUUUUGUCGCACCAUCACCGGAGCCAUCACAGCCAGGAGAACCAAGCUGAGGAUAUGUGUGUGGAACAGCAAAGAGAGGAGGGUGGAGAAAAUUGCACCACAACGGAUCAGGCAAACAAUGGAAAUUGGGUGUACCGGCAAGCUACUGGCCCCACUUCGGUCCAACCCGGCAUGCCGGUGGAUGCACCACAACCGCAUUCGGAUCGGCCCGCUCAGAAUUAUCAGCGGCAGUUUGGGUCUGACCGGCGGCAGGGAUGGAAAACUGAGAAAAAUUUGAGGUUUCUUCUGCAGAAAGUAUUGAAGCAGAGCGAUGUGGGAAGUCUUGGGAGGAUAGUGUUGCCAAAAAAAGAAGCAGAAACACAUCUCCCAGAACUGGAGGCAAGAGACGGCAUUUCCAUAGCCAUGGAAGAUAUAGGUACUUCCCGUGUCUGGAAUAUGCGCUAUAGGUUCUGGCCAAAUAACAAGAGCAGGAUGUAUCUCCUUGAAAACACAGGAGAUUUUAUCAAAUCAAAUGGACUCCAAGAAGGGGAUUUCAUAGUUAUUUACUCAGACGUCAAGUGUGGCAAAUAUAUGAUUCGGGGAGUGAAAGUACGGCAACAAGGGCCAAAGACCAACACAAAGAAGUCAGGGAAGGGACAGAGAACUGGUAAACUUACUAAUAUUGCUUCUUCUUCUUCUUCUUCCCCAACCACAGAAACGCCCAAGUAAUUAAUUAGAAAAGAUAUUACUUAUUUUGUUAGAAGAUGUAAUUUCCCUUUUACUUCCCAUUUCGGCCUUACUCAAGGGUCAGAAGUUGGGCUCAGACAGAUCUGUAGUACUGUUGUAUAUAGCCAAGAGUGCAGGAUGAUUUUCUCUGUUGGGUACAGUAAAUACACUGCAAAUGUUCUUUGUUGGGUACA